UUGUGUAAUAGCUGUCGUCUGCCGCAUGUUUAUAUUUUUUUAUUAAAUGCCAAAAAUAAACAACCCGAAAUUCACAAUAAAUUAGCUAUAUUCAUAUUUUAUAUUAAUCUUUUUUUUUCAUGUAAAAUCAUUUCUGAAAUACAAUUUUAAUUCUGGGUUUUUAUUUAAUUUAUAACAUUAUAAAUAUCCAGCUCAUAAUAAGCAAAGGAAUCGUAUAUAAUUUUAUCGAAUUAUUUCAGUACCUCUCAGAAAAACCUAGACAGACCCCUGACUUGAUUUCAUUUUUAUCUAGCCCUGUCUACAAACUGUAGGCAAAAGCAAUCUACUGCAGAGAACUGAAUCCUGAAGCGUUGCAACUAUGCCUCCUAGGAGUAGACAGAGAGGUUCUAAUAAGGACAGGGAAAAACCUCGUGAUGCCAAACCACCACAAGUCAUUUCUUCUUCCUCCAUGAAUGUUUUGCCCUCAACUGAUUGCACUGAUAAAGUAUGGACUCCAUCAGUUUAUUCAUCAUUCAAGAUUCUCUUAUCUUUAAGGCUAUGUGCUGCAGUUUGGAAUAGUAUGUUCGAUUGUGAUGAGGUUUAUAAUUACUGGGAACCUAUGCAUUAUUUGUUACAUGGAAAAGGAUUUCAGACAUGGGAGUAUUCACCACAAUAUGCUAUUCGUUCUUAUGCUUAUUUAUGGUUGCAUGCAGUUCCUUGUUAUCUUUAUGGAGUUGUCCUUCAAUCCAAUAAAUUUGCUGUAUUUUACUGUCUGAGAUGCUUGUUUGCAUUUUGCUGUUCAUUGUGUGAUAUAUAUUUUUACCAGGCUGUUUGUAAGCAUUUUGGUAAUAACAUUGGUAGAAUAUUAAUUUUACUACUGGCUGUCAGUGCAGGAAUGUUUAGAUCAUCCACAUCUUUUUUGCCAAGUACUUUUUCAAUGUAUCUAUCAACAGCUGCAUUAUCAUCAUGGUUUCUACAGAAAUAUGAAUUAGCAGUGUUUGCAACUGCAGUUAGUACGUUAGUUGGUUGGCCAUUUGCAGCUAUUUUAGGUUUACCCAUUGCAUUUGAUAUGAUUGUUCUGAAGAAAAAACUUCCAUUGUUUAUGAAGUCGUCUGUCAUUUCGUUGUUUCUUAUUUUGGUACCAAUGAUUCCAAUCGACACCAAACAUUUUGGAAAACUUGUAUUUGCACCCCUAAAUAUUGUUUUGUAUAAUGUUUUUACAUCUCAUGGUGCUAACUUGUAUGGUACUGAACCUUGGACAUACUAUUUCCAAAAUGGCAUAUUAAAUUUUAAUGUUGUUUUCUUUCUGGCUUUGGGAUCUUUACCUCUGUUGUAUCUAUGGAAUGCUUUGAAAGGUGUACAGAAGCCAUCUCGGGGACCAUCUCUAAUCUUAUGUCUUGUACCCAUGUAUUUGUGGAUGCUAUUUUUCUUUCCACUUGCUCACAAGGAAGAACGAUUUUUGUUCCCCAUUUUCCCUAUGAUCUGUCUUGGUGGAGCUGUUGGUAUCGAUUCAUUACAGAGAAUAUAUCAUUAUCUCUUUGGUAAGAAGAAAAUGUCUGAUUAUUUGGAUUAUACUAGCUGGAUAUCCGUGUCCAUCAUGAUUUUAUUUACAAUAUUAUCAACAUCAAGAAUAUUUGCAGUUUAUAAAGGAUAUCGUGCUCCUAAUGAAGUUUUUAUGGAACUUGGAACAUAUCCUUAUAAUGAAAAUCUUCAUCCACUUCCUCCUGAAUAUCCUGUUAAUGUAUGUGUGGGUAAAGAAUGGUACAGAUUCCCUUCCCAUUUCUUUCUACCUGAUAAUUGGAAUUUGCAGUUUUUGCAGUCUGAUUUUAAAGGUCACUUACCCAAGCCAUAUUCUUCAUUACCAAAUGCUACAAGAAUCAUUCCUUCAGAUAUGAACGAUCUCAAUCUUGAAGAGCCAUCAAGAUAUGUGAAUAUAAAAGAGUGUGAUUAUAUUGUGGACUCUGAUUUUCCCCACUUUUCAAAACUGGAACCAAGAUAUUCUAGGGAUCCCAACUGGAAAGUGUUAUUUUCAGUCCCGUUUCUUGAUGCUGCUAGAUCUCAUCAGUUCUUUAGAGCUUUUUAUGUCCCUUAUUUAAGUGAACUUUACUGCACAUACGUUGAUUAUAACUUACUUCAAAGAGUGAACAUUAAAGAUCGAAUAGUUAGGAAAAAGAAAUGGCACUAACAUGAUGUCAUCUAUCAUAUGAGAUGUUUAUAAGUACAAAUGGAAGAGUUGUGUUACGUGUUACUUAAAUGUUUCAUUCUGUGUUAUGUGAUAUAUGAAUGCUGUGUAAUUCUGGAAUUCCUGUCGAAUUUUUUUAAAGAACUUUCGAUUUCUUAAAAACAAUUUAUUUCAUCAAAACUUGUUCAGAACAAAUAGAUUCAUGAUUUGGAGCUCAGAGUAUGUUAUCAAAUUAAAAAUGGAAGCAAAAAAAGUAUAAUUAUAAUAAUAGUAUUGUAAGAUUAAUUUUUCCACAGAAAGUAUUGAAAGCCUUCUAUAAUAUGAAAAAAAGCUUGUGCGCCUCUAAAUUAAAUGGGUUGCGCAUUUUUUUCUGAAUUGUAAAUUCUGUUUUAUAUCCAGAGUUCACAUUUCUUUGGUUUUGAUUUUUAGGUGUAUUAAAUUGUUUUCCUUUCUUUCUUCUUUUAAUCUAUCUAAAGUGUUUCUUUAGCGAAACUUCCAAAUUUUAAUUCUGUUCACCUUUAAAAACAAUAUUCUAAGUGUAAAAAAAAGCCCGCUUUUGGUGUAAAGUUUAUAUAAAUAUUAAGUUUAUUAAUUAUUUUUAACUACAUUUAUGCUAUAUAUUUUUUUACAUAAAAUUUCAUUAACCUUAUUAUACUCCAUUGAGCAACCAAUUUGCAACAAAUCUAAAAGAAAAUUGUUAGGAAAAUAUAAUUUACAAGAUUUUCAGAAAUAAUGUAUCUAUAUAAACUUUUCAAACAUUUAUUAUAACUUACAUUAUAAACUUUUGAAUCAACUAUGCUAUAGUUGUACUUAAACUACAUAAAUUAUUAUUUUUAAAAUUUUUUAACUUGACUAAAAUUUUGUUUGCCUGGUUUUGUUUUCUUAAUUAGCUAAUACUAUUAAAUUUUUUCUGCUCAAUUCAUAAACUAUGCUAUUAUAAACUCUAUUUAAUCCAAAUUGUAUUUGGCUGGUUCUAUUUUUUCUAUUACUUAAGCAUAAGUUUUCUGUUACUAAAUUAAGUUAUUUUGUGAAAAUCUAUGUAUGGUAUAUAUAUUGCUCAUGAUAAAAUAAACAAACAUAUACCUACCUACAUAAUUGAUGUGGGUACUUUGAAUAUAUUUCUUUUAUGAAUCAAUCCAACUUGUAUUAAUAGUUGUAUUCGCUUGAUAUGCUUAGAAUUCUUUUAAAUUAAGUUUUUAAUCUAUGAAUAUUUGAUGAUAUUGUUUAAAAAUUUAUAAAUGGCUUUAUAUUUAUUCAUGAUAUUUCGCACUAUUUCUGUUGUAAAACUUAUUUUUUCCAUACACUUUUCCUAAAGAUUGAAAGAAUUUGUUUCAAACAAUAUUUGUUAAAAAGAAAAAAUCUUUUGUGAAUGUGUUAAAAAAAUUACUUAGUUAUGCAAGAUGUAUGCUUUGUCAUAGCUAUAUUUGCAAAUUAAAUUUUAGCUUUUUUUUCAGUGGGCAUUGAAAAAAAUACAUUUAAAAACCCUAUAAUGAAAAAUACAUUUUUUAAGUGUAGUUUAUUUUUACUGAAGCUAUUUGUAGUAAUUUUUAAUCAGUUUUUUUCUGAAUUAACUCUUUUAAAACUUUGCAUUCCAGAAAUAUAAUAAAAGAUUUUGACUUG